AUGAUCGGGGUAAACGCUGUGACUCGGAGGAACACGUUUCUCCUCCGAAAGGAUUGGCAUCAUCAUUCUGACUCGGAGGAACACAGCUCUCCUCCGAAAGGUCAGCAUCAUCAUUCUUCCUCGGAGGAACACAUUUCUCCUCCCAAGGAUCAGCAUCAUCAUUCUUCCUCGGAGGAACACAUUUCUCCUCCGAAAGGGUGUCAUCGCAGAGUCUGCCCACAUGGCUGGCCCAGUUAUAAGAAACACUGCUAUCACUAUGUCCCCCUCGUGACCACAUGGCCAAAGGCAGAGAGGAAAUGUUUGCUCUUGGGAGGUAAUCUGGCAUCAGUGCACAGCCUUCCCCAGUAUCAUUUUCUUCAGUCUGUCAUCAAGAAGAGUACCAAGAAAGCGCAGCGCACCUGGAUUGGAGCCAAUGAUGCCAUCAAGGAGGGUCUUUGGCUGUGGAUUGACGGGUCCAGGUUUAACUACCAGAACUGGGCCCCGGGGCAACCCUCUAAUUCCAACCAUGGUGUUGUGAAGGACAACACGAACGGCCGGGAGCAUUGCAUGGAGAUGAACUACGGAGCAUCCCACCGCCAGAAUGAUGCCCCCUGCUGGUUGAAACUUCCCUUCCUGUGUUCCAUAAAGCGGUGA